AUGGCAGACGAACCGGGCUCGCUCAACUGGCGCCUGAGCGCGCACCCCGUUACCCUCCUCACAUACUUGGGCUUCCGAAUAGGCAGCCUGUUGAUGUACCUCUUCGGGGUCCUCUUCAUCCCCAACUUCGUGCUGGUCUUCAUCCUCACGCUCCUCCUCCUGUCGAUCGACUUCUACUACCUCAAGAACAUCGCGGGCCGCCGCCUCGUGGGCCUGCGAUGGUGGAACGAGGUCAACACCUCGACCGGCGACAGCCACUGGGUCUUUGAGUCGGCUCCAGAAGGGACCCGUGACCAGAACAAGACGGACAAGCGCUUCUUCUGGCUGAGCAUGUACAUUGGACCGGCGCUGUGGGUGGCAUUGGCUAUACUGGCUAUCGUGAGGUUACAGAAUCUGAUCUGGCUGGUUACGAUUGCCAUCGCACUGAUCCUCACCAUAACCAACACGGUGGCCUUUUCGAGAUGUGACAAGUUCAGCCAGGCGUCGAGUUUCGCCGGCACAGCAUUCCUGGGCUCCGGAAUUGCGAGAAACCUGGCUGGGAACAUGGUGGGACGCUUCUUCAAGUGA